GGAAGUGUCGUCAGGCAGAGGGAGCGCGAUGGCGGCGAGUGCGGGCCCGGGUAGCGCUGGCGAGGGGUUCCCGUUCCACGGGCUGCUGCCCAAGCGGGAGACCGGGGCGCUGGCCUUCCUCAGCCGGCGGCCCGAUAGCGACGGGCGCGGGGCGCUGAUUGCCGUGCUCGACUCGGGCGUGGACCCGGCGGCGCCCGGGCUGCAGAUUACGACAGAUGGAAAACCAAAGAUCGUUGACUUAAUUGAUGUGUCGGGAAGUGGUGAUGUGAAUACUUCCACAGUUUUAGAAGCUAAGGAUGAUGUUCUCGUUGGUCUUUCAGGAAGAAUUCUGAAGAUACCAUCAACAUGGGUCAACCCUUCAACGAGAUAUCACAUUGGUAUAAAAAAUGCCUUUGAACUCUACCCUACGGCACUCAAGGAGAGAAUUCAGCAAGAGAGACGGGAGAAGCGGUGGGAUCCCGCUCAUCGUGUUGCUGUGGCAGAAGCCCACCGAAAGCUGGAUGAAUUCAACACGACCCACACAAGCCUGUCUCAGGAAGAGAAGCUUGCCCUGGAAGACCUUCAGUGUCAGGUUGAUCAGUUGGAUGUUCAGGAGAAGAUGUACAGCGACUUGGGACCUGUGUACGACUGCUUGGUUUGGCACGAUGGAGAGAGUUGGAGAGCUUGCCUUGACACCAGUGAAUGUGGAGAUCUGAGCAGCUGUCAAACUCUGAGGAGCUACAAGGAAGGCCACGAAUACGCACAGCUCGGCAAAUCAGAAAUGUUGAAUUACUCCAUCAAUGUUUACGAUGAAGGGAACAUUCUUUCCAUCGUCACCAACUCUGGAUCCCACGGAACACACGUGGCUGCAAUUGCUGCUGGGCACUUCCCCGAAGACCCGGAAAGGAACGGUGUGGCUCCUGGGGCUCAGAUUUUGGCUAUCAAGGUGGCUGACUCCAGGCUAAAUACAAUGGAGACUGGGACCAGCUUAAUCCGUGCGAUAAUUGAAGUGAUCAAGUACAAGUGUGACCUUGUAAAUUACAGCUAUGGUGAAGCAGCUCACUGGCCUAACUCUGGGAGGAUUUGCAAGGUGAUUGAAGAAGCAGUUUUGAAACACAACAUUAUCUUUGUGUCCAGCGCUGGCAACAAUGGCCCCUGUCUCUCCACAGUUGGUGCUCCUGGUGGUACCUCCACCCAUAUAAUUGGUGUUGGUGCAUAUGUCAGUCCAGAUAUGAUGGUCGCAGGAUACUCCAUGCGGGAACGGUUGCCAGCGAAUCAAUACACCUGGUCAUCGAGGGGGCCUUGUGUGGACGGAGCCCUGGGAGUGUGCAUCACCGCUCCAGGUGGAGCUGUGGCAUCUGUCCCCAACUGGACCCUACGUGGCAUGGAGCUGAUGAACGGCACCUCGAUGUCCUCACCGAACGCUUGUGGAGGCAUUGCUUUGCUCAUCUCAGGUUUGAAAGCAAACGGCAUUGGGUAUACUGUGCAUUCUGUGCGCCGCGCUAUGGAGAACACAGCAGUGAAGGUGGAGAAUGUGGAAGCAUUUGCACAAGGCCACGGGAUCAUUCAGAUUGAGAAAGCCUAUGACUACCUCAGCCAAAACGUUUCAGUAAAAAGUAGCCAGUUAGGUUUUGAUGUCAAGGUAUUCAACCGGCGUGGAAUCUACCUCAGAGAUCCAGCGUACCUGUCUGUGCCAAUGGACUUCUCUGUUUCUGUAGAGCCGGUGUUUCCCGAAGGCACAGACAAUAGUGAAAAAAUUGCUCUCCAGAUACACCUGGCUCUGACCUGCAGUGCAACGUGGGUGCACAUCCCCUCCCACCUGGAGCUGAUGAACCAGUCCCGGCGGGUGACAGUCCGGGUGGACGCACGUGGUCUCAAGGAAGGGCCGCACUACGCUGAGGUCCUGGCUUAUGAUACAACAGCUCCUGCUGUUGGUCCAUUGUUCCGAAUUCCUGUCACGGUCAUUAUCCCUUCAAGGUUAAGUGCAGCUUGUGAGUACAAAAUGGAGUUGAAAAAUGUGGCCUUCAAGCCUGGAGAGAUCAGAAGACAAUUCAUUGAAGUUCCUCAAGGAGCUACCUGGGCUGAGGUAAUCUUGACUUCAAGGUCAGAAGACAAAACAUCAGAGUAUGUGGUGCACGCAAUUCAACUUCAGAAACAAAAGGCCUUUCGGGUACACGAAUUUUACCGGCACCUGUUUCUAUCAGAAAAAGCUUCUACAACUGAUAGUUUUGCAGUCCAUGAAGGAGGAACCAUUGAGGUUUGCAUUGCACAAUGGUGGUCUAGCCUGGGCUGCACUGCCAUUGACUACACCAUUUCAUUCCAUGGGCUGAGGUGUAACACCGAUGUAUUGCACAUUCAUGCAUCAGAAGGUAUUGCACGAUUUGACACCAUUGCAUCACUGAAAUACGAAGAGGUUUCUCCUGUCCUGACUCUAAAAUCUUGGGUGCAGACCCUUCGGCCGGUGGAUGCUAAAACAAAACCCCUGGGCUCCCGGGAUAUCCUGCCCACUAACAGACACCUGUAUGAACUUGUUUUAACCUACAAUUUCAGUCAGGGGAAGAGCGGUGAGGUGACGCCCAGCUGCCCCCUCUUGUCUGAUUUGCUGUACGAGUCGGAAUACGACAGCCAGUUGUGGAUGGUCUUCGAUCAGAACAAAAGGCUAAUGGGAGCAGGCGAUGCUUAUCCCGACAGGUACUCUCUGAAGCUGGAGAAAGGGGACUACGUCAUCCGCUUCCAGGUUCGUCACGAGUCGCUGAGCGAGCUGGAACACCUAACAGACUUGCCCUUCCACAUCAGCCGCAAGCUUCCAGCCGCGUUAAACCUGGACGUUUACCGCACGCAAGUCAAUGCCUUGCUGAACAAGAACAAGUUUGGCAGCAUUACACUGGAUCCAAAGUACACUGUUCCAUUCCAUGUCACUAUGUUGCCAGAUGACAAAGUUCCAAAAGGAUUUGAAAUUGGCUGCUUUCUAAUGGGAACACUCACCCUUUCUAAAACUGAAACUGGCAAGAAAGCUGAUGUGCACACUGUCUACUACCAUCUGAUACCUCCGCCAAACAAGAUAAAGAACGGAACCAAAGACAAGCCAAUAAAAGAAAAAGAAAAAGAACCAAAAGAGAUGUUCGAGGAAGCUUUAAGAGACCUCAAGAUACAGUGGCUGUCCAAAUUGGAUCUACAUGAGGAAUUGGUAUCGACGUACUCGGAUCACUUACCUGUACAUACGGCUUACCUCAACAGCCUCGAUACAGGAAAGGAACGUCUGAAGAGACUCGAUGAGAUUAUUAAAACGGCCAACGUGGUUAUCUCUCACAUUGACCAGAGUUCCUUGGUGAGCUACGUGGCUAUGAAGACUGACCUAAGACCAGACGCUGUCGCUAUCAAAAGUGAUAUGGAGAAGCAGAAGUCAGCAUUGAUCGAAGCCCUCUGCCUGAAAGGAUGUGCUCUGGCUGAUGCAGCUCUUCAAGUCCAGUCGCAGAGUGAAGUAUCUUCAAUCCAAUCAAUCGGUCAUGGCGAGGAUGGGUCAGGUGACCUAUCCCAGAGCCUGAUAGAAACUUUCCAUGAUGUCCAGAAGUGGAUCGAUCUCACAGACAGUAAGGCAUUAACAUUUGCGUACAAGCAUGCCUUGGUGAAAAAACAAUUUGGACGUGCUUUGAAGUUUGCUACCAAAAUUAUUGAAAAUAAGCCGAGUCAGGAAAACUGGAACAACUGUAUUCAGUUGCUGAGGUCCCUGGGAUGGGAGCACUGUGCCUCUAUCUACGUGAAUUCCCUGCUGGUGAUGUUUCCCCCGGAUUACGUCCCAUUUUAAGCGUUGUUGGUGGAAUGAAGACCUGCUGAGUGCAUGUUUAAUCAAGAUUGGUGUGGGCAGACCCUGACAGAUGGUGUUGGAACUUUGUGUUUGAGUUAUUUUCAUUCUUUUUAUAUAUAUAAAAAUAUAUUGAUCAGACUGUU